CGAUGGAGGUGCCGCCACCGCCACCGCCCCCGCCCCCGCCCCGCACGACGGAGAAGGAGAGCAGAGCAUGGCACUGGCGACGCAGCCACUUCGGCUCCGCGUCGGCGUCGGAGCGGCCCCCGCGGCACGCUGCCCUCCGAGCCCCAGCAUCCGGGCGCGCGGUGGCGGGAGGAGGAGGACGCGGUCUGUGGCCGUAGCGGCGGCCGCGGCGGAGGGGAGGGCGGCCGUGAAGGGGGCAGCGGCGGCGGUGGUGCGGGAGUUCUACGAGGGCGUGAACCGGCGCGACCUGGCGGCGGUGGCGCCGCUGAUCGCGGAGGGGUGCGUGUACGAGGACCUGGUGUUCCCGCGGCCCAUGGUGGGGCGGGACCGCGUGGUGGGCUUCUUCGGCGAGUUCAUGGGCUCCGUCAGCCCCGACCUCCGCUUCGUCAUCGACGACAUCUCCGGCGAGGAUCCCUCCGCCGUCGGCGUCACCUGGCACCUCGAGUGGAAGGGGCGGCCGUUCCCGUUCAGCAGGGGCUGCAGCUUCUACCGCUGCGAGCCCGACCCGCAGCAGCCGGAGCAGAUCCAGAUCGUGUAUGGCCGGGAUUGCGUGGAGCCGGCCACCAAACCCGGCGAACUGGCGCUGGUUGUCAUCAGGGGCGUCACCUGGAUUCUGGAGCGCUUCCCGAGCCUCGCCGACCGGCUCUGACUCGAUCGACCCUUGUGGCAGUCAAACCUGGAGAUGACUGAAACGGAUUGCAACUCUCUCAUCUUGCCAUGCGCAUUCUUCAGUUCACAAACAAAAACUGCAUGUAUUCUUCAGUUUUCACUGUAAAUAACACGCAAUGCACAGUUGGUGUUGUAAGUAUAAAGCGUAGGCAGAUCAUCAAGCAAGUUCGUUUGGGUUUUCAUUCCAAGCAUGAAUUUUUUUAUGCUAAUUAGAGAAAAGGAUCUUUUGCCUAGAUCGAUGGUCAUAUCAUAUAGGACCAUCUUCUAGUCCAAGAAUGGUGCUCGGCUCAGAUGAAGCUUACAAAUAUGACUAUAAUAAGUAUGAAGUCCUACUUUGUAAGCUGGAAGCACUAGAGGAAUUUGUGUAGAUUAUAUGCACAAGUUUU